GAACAGAUGACAAGAGCCGCAGCUCCGAGACUAGACUAAACCCGAGCCGUCUAGUUACAUUCAGGGGCGCGUUUUCAGGAGCCCAGGAGCCUGAAGACAGCAGCAGGCGCUCAGGAAGAGGGAUAACACGCGCGCGACGCAACGGCAAGGCUCCGACGGGUCACGUGGCUCCCGCACAGGCCUGCAGUGUGUUGUCGGCGGACAGAGACGAGGAAAGAAACAUGGCGGCUGCGAGCGAGCUCGAGCGGCGCGCCGGCCCUUCGUCUUGAGCUUUCUCGCGUUCACCGAGACCGGGGCUCCGCGGGACUAGUGCAUCUAAACCAGCGCGGGAUCAACUUUGCGGUGGUGCCCGAAAGUCCGGGUUCGGUGCGUGUAAAGUGCAGGCAAAACGCGAAACUGAGGAGAAUAGGCUUUCAUCCAUAAUGAAGGGGAGACGAGGCAGGCCGCCCAAAGCCCAGCUAACACUGGAGCCCUCAGCGGGGCCAGUGCGCGGUCUGAGACCCCGCCGGGGCCUGAGGGCGAAGCCAAAAGGGACCUCCGAUGAGGAUUAUGUUACCCCUAAACGGGGCACCCAUCAUCAUCCAACACGAGGCCGGAGGAAAGCGCGGUCCGCGGCUUCGAGGGGCAGAGGAAGAGGCAGAGGCACGGCCAGAGGCAGGGGGCGGCGGAGCACCGCGAGCGGGGUGGUGUACGACGACCACGAGAGCGACGAUGAGGAGGACGAAGACGCGGUCAGCUUGAAAUCAGACGAGGAAGAGUUCAUGGAGGAGCCUCUGACGGACGAAGAGGACGAAGAAGAAGAAGAAGAGGAGGAGGAGGCCAACGGCGAGCCCGACUACCUGGAGGAGAUGGACGAUUUGGAGGAAGACGAUGCAAGCUUCUGCACGGAGAGCAGCCACGGCAGCAACGCAGUAGGUCGUAAAAGGCCAAGACCAAGGCGACCGCCUUCUCCGAUUCUGGAGCAGAAGGAGAUUCCUCAUCUGCAGCUGCCCAGUUCCUCCGAGGACCUUCUCAUUCCCAACGAGCAGCUACUCAACGCUUCGGCUAUUUACGAGGUGCUUCGCAGUUUCAGCACUGUCCUGCGUCUCUCUCUGUUCCGCUUCGAGGACUUCUGCGCCGCUCUGGUCGGACAGGAGCAAUGCACGCUGAUGGCAGAGACGCACAUCUGCCUGCUGAAGGCCAUCUUAAGGGAGGAGGACACCUCCAACACCACUUUUGGUCCAGCAGACCUCAAGGACAGCGUCAACUCCACGCUCUACUUCAUCGACGGCAUGACCUGGCCAGAAGUGGUGCGUGCAUACUGUGAAAGCGACCCGGAGUACCACCAUGUGCUCCCUGACCUGGAGGGUGAAGACUAUCCAUUUAGCCCACUGGAGAGCAAAGUCAAGGUCUUGCAGUUCCUGGUGGACCAGUUCCUCACCACCAACCUGGCCCGCGAGGAGCUCAUGUCCGAGGGCGUCAUCCAGUACGACGACCACUGCCGGGUUUGCCACCGGCUCGGCGACCUGCUGUGCUGCGAGACCUGCUCGGCCGUGUAUCACCUGGAGUGCGUCAAGCCUCCUCUGGAGGAGGUGCCCGAGGACGAGUGGCAGUGUGAGAUCUGUGUGGCACACAAAGUGUCCGGCGUGACUGACUGUCUGACCGAGUUCCAGAAGAGCCGGCCGUACAUCCGGCAGGAGCCCAUUGGUUACGACCGGCAUCAAAGAAAAUACUGGUUUCUCAACAGGAGGAUUAUUAUAGAGGAAGAUGGUGAGGAUGAAAACAAGCAGACCUGGUACUACAGCACUAAAGUCCAGCUGGCUGAGAUGUUGGAGGUUCUGGAUAAAGAGUACUGGGAGAACGACCUGUGCUCUGUGCUGGAGGAGAUGAGAGAGGAGGUUCACUCUCACAUGGACAUCACCGAGGAGCUCACUAACAAGGCCCGGGGGAAUAACAAGGCAUACCUCACCAUUGCCAACGAUGUGAUCCUGGACCGUCUGAAGACCAAGCAGGAAGCGGAGCUUGAGGAGGUGAAGCGACGGGCCGCAGAGGAGGCCGAGAGGGCCAGACUGGAAUCGAAAACUGUGGCUGGUGAACAAGCUGCACCCGAUCAGAUGAACUCGAAUGGAUCGUGUCCACAACAAGACUCUAGUAAUGGAAAUGCAAUGAAUGAGCAAACUUCUGCAGAUGCCUCGGUCUCAGCUGUCCCGACUGUUGAGGUGGGCAGCACUAAUGUUCCUGAGCUCGCUGCACCCAGCUCAGCCAUACCUACUAAAUCUCACUCCCAGGAUCCCAUGGGGAAUGCCGUAACAUCGUCUUCCAGUGGUGAGGAGAAAGGGGAAGGGACUGAAGGGAUGAAAGAGUUGGCAGCUAAGAGCUCAGAGUCUGCUGGUCACGGAGAAGGAGAUUCUGUACUAGAGACUGAACCAGCGCAGACGGCAGACGAGAACAGCUGCAGCAGUCAUUUCUCCAUCUCUGAAUGCCUGCGAGGUCCAGAAGAGCCUGACCUGGUGGACCGGUCCUCACAGUCUUCUCUCAACAGCCAAGAGGAUACAGGUGAGGGUAAAGCUAAUGGAGAUAGCACAAAAACAGGAUCUUCACGCAUGAUUACACGACUCCGAAACCCUGAUAGCAAGCUAAGCCAACGCAAAGUCAUGCAGGACAAAGAUGGCAGCUCUCAAGAUGGUAGCAGAGCACUUAAAGAGACUCCUCCACUAUCAUCUUUUGGCUCCUUUAAGAGAGACUCAAACAAGAGCAGUGGCUUUUUCAAACUGGGCCAAGAGGGCAAAUUUCGCGUCUACCACAACCAGUACAGCACUAACACACUUGCGCUGAACAAGCACCAACACCGUGAGGACCACGACAAACGCAGACACCUCUCCCACAAGUUCUGCAUGACCCCUGCUGGUGAGUUCAAGUGGAACGGAUCGCUGUACGGCUCCAAAGCCCUGACUGUGUCCACGCUGAGACUAACCAUCAUCCAGCUGGAGAACAAUAUCCCUGCUCCGUUUUUGCAUCCCAACUGGGCGUCACACAGGUCAAACUGGAUAAAGGCUGUCCAGAUGUGCAGCAAGGCGAGAGAGUUUGCUUUAGCGUUGGCCAUUCUGGAGUGUGCAAUCAAACCAGUGGUCAUGCUCCCCAUGUGGAAGGAUUCUCUGGGUCACACAAUGCUUCAUCGCAUGACUUCUGUGGAGAGGGAAGAGAAGGAGAAGGUCAAAAAGAGAGAGAAAAAACUAGAAGAUGAAGAGACUAUGCAGCAGGCCACAUGGGUGAAGUACACUUUCCCCAUCAAACACCAGGUUUGGAAGCAGAAGGGUGAGGAGUACAGAGUAACUGGGUAUGGAGGCUGGAGCUGGGUGAGCAAGACACAUGUACAUCGCUUUUUCCCAAGGCUACCUGGAAACACCAAUGUCAAUUACCGGAAAGCACUUGAAGCAGCUAAAACUGGAAUGGACAAACAGGCAGUUCUCCCAGAAACACCAAACACUUUGGUUAAAACAGAUGAAAAUUCGUCUCAAAAUGUGCCUGAAAAAGAUAAUGUCCAGGACAUGUCACUGGAUUCUUCUGAAGAAAACCUAUCUGAGGAGAAAGAUCAUGUGUUAAAAGAUGAAAAAAAAGAAAAUUUAACGGUUGAAAAAAAGUGUGAUGAGAAAGAUGAGAAAAAUGAGUCUGUGGAAGAAAUGGACAUCAGCACACCUAACUCUGCAAAGGAUGAACCAGCCAACAUCACAAAUGCCUUAUCAGAUGACUCUCCUUUGAAAGGGGAGCCUUCGGAUAGUGAGGUGGUGGAGGAUAGUGCUCUGAAUCAGCCCCAGCAAUCCUUUUGGCAUGAUGUUGUGAAUGUCAGCGAAGGCUUCUUGCUACGCACGGCAUACAAGAAAAGGAAGACAUCAAAACUUGAUGGCCUUUUGGAGAGACGGGUCAAACAGUUCACCAUAGAAGAGAAGCAGAGGCUUGAGAAACUCAAGCAGACCACCGGUUCUAAACCCUUGACUGAAAAGAUAAUGGAAAACAAAGAGACAACCAUUGCUGCUGAAGACCACAAGGUCAAGAUUGAAGGAACUAUCUCUGAAACUCCAAAGUCUAGACAGGCCGAGGGAGUAGCAUGUCUAGCAAUCCAAGAAAAAGACAGUGUGGUCAAAAAACUUGAUUUUAACCAAGAGGACGAACAGUCGAAGACAAACACUUCAGGACAGAAGAACAUUCUGGAUAUCAGAUUAAAUGACUCGUGUGAUGUUGCCCCAAAAGAACAUCAGCAGAAGCUGCCUGAGCCAGAACCCAAAACUGGCAAUAGGAUAGCAAUGUCUGAACUUAAUGGAAACGCUCAAAGCCUGGAUCAAAGCUUGAACGUUAAACCUGACAAAACAGUUUCAGAAACUACAUGUCCACCCGAAGACUCUGAGAGAAAGGACAUCAUUGAAAACAAUGAGAAUGAUCUAGAUGUAAAGAGAGCAGUGCCUGUGCAAGUAAAUGGAAAGGAUGGUCUUGUUGACACAGAAUGUAAGAACUUGACUGAUAAUGUUAACACAAAGGAGCUAACCAAUACCGUUGGGGAGGAGAUUAAAGCAAUAUCACCAAAGGAACCAGUGAAGUCACUAAUGAAUGGUGACGCCACUCAAGAGUGUCUUAAAGAAUGGACUAAUAGUGCACUUCUUCAGAAUUCGGAUGAGGAGAAAGGAGUUACCAAACUUGACCCAGAUUAUCCACCACCUGAGAAAGUGGCCAAGUUGGAAAACGACAUCGAAGGAUCUGUAGACUCCUCGAUUAGUUCCUCAGUACCCGAACCAUCUUCUGUAGCUUCCGAGCCAAACACAAAAUCCGAGGUGCCUAUUCAUAACGCAAAGGUGGAGCCGAUGCAAGUUGAGGAGGCAAAGCCUCCUGUACCUUCACCCGUCCCUUCAGCGGAAGAGUCCAGCUUGAGUAGUGACCUCACUGAUAACAGCAGCAGUGUUAGUGAGACUACGACUGUUAUUACUCAAGUCACCACAACUACAACCACAAUGUCCACAGAGUCCAGCAUGGUGUUGACCUCACGUGACAGUCUUGCUUCCAAUAACGGGAUCAGUACACCCGCACCAGCAGAUUCUAAGGUGGAGUCUACUAGCUCUGUCUCAACACUCUCCACUACAACUACCACUACUGUUACCAAGGUUAUGAACUCAUCAGACCAGGAAGCCACUCUAACAAAAGAGUGCAAGACCACUGUCAGGAAAACACUGACUGACACCACGUCGAGUCCUAGUGGUUUCACCGUAAAAUCUAUGACAGUGAGUCAAGAAUAUUCCACCAGGGACAGGGUACGACUGUUAAAGUUUUCUCACACCAAGAAAGCAAGGUCCGGAACGGCCUUGCCCUCGUACCGCAAGUUUGUAACCAAGAGUAGCAAGAAGAGUAUCUUCGUACUUCCCAAUGACGAACUGAAGAAACUUGCAAGGCGUGGCGGCAUCCGCGAAGUUCCCAUCUUUAAUUAUAACGCCAAGCCAGCCCUAGACAUCUGGCCCUACCCAUCUCCACGACCGACAUUUGGGAUCACAUGGAGAUAUCGACUCCAGACAGUGAGGUCUUUGGCUGGAGUGAGCCUAAUGCUACGGCUACUUUGGGCCUGUCUCAGAUGGGAUGAUAUGUCUGUGAAACCCUCACCCACAGGAGGAACAACGCGAACAGAGACAUCUGACACUGAAAUCACCACUACUGAGAUCAUCAAGCGGAGAGAUGUUGGUCCUUACGGCAUUCGUUCAGAGUAUUGCAUCAGGAAGAUCAUUUGUCCCCUUGGGGUGCCUGAGACUCCUAAAGAAACUCCCACACCUCAAAGGAAAGGCCUGCGUUCAAGUGCUCUGAGACCAAAGAAGCCAGAACCAGCUAAGCAGACUGGGCCUGUUGUGAUCGAAACCUGGGUGGCCGAGGAAGACCUGGAACUCUGGGAGAUUCGAGCCUUUACUGAAAGGGUUGAGAGGGAAAAGUCGCAAGCAGCUGACCCAACUAAGGUUAGUGUGCAGAAGAAAGCAGAGGAGGUCAAGGCCCAAUUGGAAGCUCAGCUAAAGCAGCAGAGAUUGGCAGCCCAGCAGAAACGGCUGGAACAGCAGAAACCUUGCAGCACCACCAACACAUCCACCUUGACCAGCACUCCUACGACCCCUGGGACCACUACUCAGAAGGUGGUGGUGGGCUCUGUUAGCGGUCAGGUAACUUCAGCACCAAAAGUGGUAAUGACCACCAAGUUGGGCUCUCCGGUGACAUUCCAGCAAAACAAGAACUUCCAGCAGUCGUUUGCUUCCUGGGUCAAACAGGGCCAACAAGGCAACACAGUCUCUACCAGUUCGGUUGUGACUGUGGCGGCGAGUAGCGCCACCACGUCUGGGCAAACUUUCCACAUCGCUGCUGCUGCGGGAUCUAUGGCCGGCAGUGUCAUUGCUGCUAAACUACCUGUUCCAGCCAACAGCAAGAUAGUCACAGUGAACGUGCCAACCACUCAAGGAGGUUUGGUGCAGGUGCAGCAGAAGGUGGUGGGCAUCAUUCCAUCAAGCACAGCGGGCACCGCUCAGUCCUUCCCUGCAUUCCAGCCCCGUACGGCCACCAUCAACAUCAGACCCAACACAACCACCUCCACGCAGCAGGUCAUUACGACUGGAAGCGCUCUCCGACCAGGGAUGACUGUGAUACGUUCUCCUCUGCAGCAGACCACCACCCUGGGCAAGACUAUCAUUCGCACACCCCUGAUGGUCCAGCAAGGCCAAGCUCAACAGACAGUGCAGACGAGUUCAGGCGCUCAGGCGGUGGGCACUCCUCCUCGCCUCUCCACACCAAACCCAGCCCAGACGCCGUCUUCUCCCCGACCACAGCAGGGUCAGGUCAAACUCACUCUGGCCCAGCUCACACAGCUCACCCAGGGGGCUCAGGGAGGGAACCAGGGCUUGACGGUUGUGAUCCAGGGGCAAGGUCAGACCACAGGCCAGCUGCAGGUCAUACCUCAGGGGGUGACGGUCAUCCCGGGGCCUGGUCAGCAGCUCAUGCAGGCAGCCAUGCCCAAUGGCCAAGUCCAGCGGUUCCUGUUCACACCUAUGGCCCCUGCACCAGUGUCUGCCCCCUCCACGACAGCCUCACCAGGUGUCCCAGCCACAGCUGCACCAGCUGCUGCAACCAGCACAACUCCAGCACCCAUUCAGCCAGCUGCUCGUCUUGCUCCACAGCCCCCACCUCCGACCUCGCUUCCUCCCACAUCAUCUGUGCCUCCAUCACAGCCUGCCCAGCAAGCACCCACCCCAGUCCCAAACCCAGUCGUUCACCAACUGACUCCAUCUGUACAGACUCCAUCUGUACAGCCACACCCUCCUGUACAGCUCCGACCUCAACCCCAGGUCCUUCCUCAAACCUCAGUCCCGUCCCCUACACCCGUCCCCGCCCCCACCCCUCAAAUAGCACAGGUGAUGGCCACCGCACCCCUACAACAGGUCGCCACUCUCCCUGUCGCCCAGACCACGGUUACCAAAGUCCAGCCCCAGAUCCAGCUCCCCCCGCAGCUCCUCAGCGUCCCCGGGCUCCAGCAGCAGGUCAUCUCCCACAUCCAGAGUCAGGUAGCGGCCCAGAUUCAAGCUCAGGUCCAGCAGGUCGGGACCACGGCCGGGAUGCCCCAGCAGAUCAAACUGCAACUGCCCAUUCAGAUCCAGCAGCAGGGCGGAGGGCAAGACCAAGCGCACCAGAUCCAGAACCUGGUGACCAUCCAGACGGCCAGCGUACAGGAGCAGCUCCAGCGGAUCCAGCAGCUCUGCGAACAGCAGCAGCAGAAGAAGAAACAGCAGGAGGCUAAGAGAGAGCAGGCCCAGCAGCACGUCAGCCAGAGCGAGCUGAUACAGAAACAGGUGGCUCAGAAGCAGAAUGUGGCCAUAGAGCAGUUAAAACAGAAGAAAACCAUGACUCCUGCUGAGAGAGAGGAGAACCAGAGGAUGAUUGUCUGUAACCAGGUGAUGAAGUUCAUCCUGGAUAAAAUCGAUAAGGAUGAGAGGCAGGCGGCCAAAAAGAGGAAACGGGAGGAGUCUGUGGAGCAAAAGCGGAGCAAGCAGAACGCCAGCAAGCUGUCGGCUCUUCUCUUCAAACACAAAGAGCAGCUCAAGGCUGAUAUCCUGAAGAAAAGAGCUCUGCUUGAUAAAGAACUACAGCUGCAAGUGCAGGAGGAGCUGAAGCGCGAUCUCAUCAAGCUGCGGCGGGAGAAGGAGAAAGCUCAGGCUGCGGCUGCACAAGCUGCUGCGGCCGCCAGCGCACACGUGCACAGCGGCGGGCUCCCCUCACACACAGCCACCGUCACAUCCCCCUCCUCCACACACAAACGCAAGCGGGACGAGGAGAGAGACGCCGCCAAGUCCAAACACAAAAAGAUGAUCUCCACUACCUCAAAGGACAGCAAGAGGGACAUCAAGCUAUACUGCAUCUGCAAGACGCCCUACGAUGAGUCCAGGUUCUACAUUGGUUGUGACCUCUGCUCUAACUGGUAUCAUGGAGAGUGUGUGGGCAUCACUGAGAAAGAGGCCAAGAAGAUGGAUGACUACAUCUGUUCAGAAUGUAAACGAGCUCAGGAAGGAAGCACAGAGGAGCUCUACUGCAUCUGCAGAACUCCCUACGACGAGUCCCAGUUCUACAUCGGUUGCGAUCGCUGUCAGAACUGGUACCACGGGCGCUGCGUGGGCAUCCUACAGAGCGAAGCCACACACAUCGAUGAGUAUGUGUGCCCGCAGUGCCAGUCUACAGAGGAUGCCAUGACGGUCCUGACGCCACUCACAGAUAAAGACUACGAGGGGCUGAAGCGAAUCCUGCGCUCCUUACAGUCCCAUAAGAUGGCGUGGCCAUUCCUGGAACCAGUGGAUCCGAAUGAUGCCCCAGAUUAUUAUGGGAUCAUCAAGGAACCAAUGGACCUUUCUACAAUGGAGGAGAGGAUACAGAAACGCUUUUACAGCAAACUCACAGAGUUCGUAGCGGACAUGACCAAAAUCUUUGACAACUGCCGCUACUACAAUCCCAGCGACUCGCCUUUUUACCAGUGUGCUGAGUUCCUGGAGUCUUUCUUUGUACAGAAACUCAAAGCUUUCAAAGCAAGCAGGUCUCAUAACAACAAACUACAGUCAUCAGCCUCAUAGAAUACAACCACAGGCUGUUCUAAAUAAACUUUGAACAUUUAAUUCAAGAUGGAACUCUAUCCCAGUCAGCCAGCGCCGCACAUAGCCACAGCGUUUGGUGGAGUAUCAGACGUAAAAGCUGAGGGUUCGGAUCAAGAAUGGACAGUUUACAUUUUUGAUUGUUAAAGCAACGAGUUUAGACUGGGAUGCUCUCCAAAUGGAUUUCUUUAUGGAUUAAAUGCCUACAGAAAUGUUUUUGUGAGUUUUUAAAACCCUCCAGAAUCAUGUUCGCAUUUUCCAGGAAAGCAGGAGUCUAUCAUGGGUGCACCUGGUGUUCUUUUUUUUUUUUUAUAUAUAUAUAUAUGAUUCAUCAUACUACUUCAGAAGUGGAAUGUGGACGCAAUCUGCUAAUUGGUUUUCAAGCAGUGGAGUAGACCUAAACUAAGAAGUGUUGCUCUAACAGUGCAUCGAGGACUGAUGAAAGUGCUAGUCAAGAAAGUAUCCUGUUUGUAUAACUUGUCUCUUUUUUUUUUUUUUUUUUUUUUUUGUAUUACAACUGAAGAAAUAUUGAUGUAUAUGAAACAAAUAAAUGGAGGGGACAGGAUUCUCUCUUCCACACUGAUUAA